GCCUGAAUAAUCCCAACCUUGAACUCUCAGUGCUAGAGUAAACUUGUGUGUCAUCAUCACAAAACUUUUGUGUCACCAUCACAAUUGGUCACAUGACGCAUUGUGGGAGUUUUCCUGCAGACAAGCUGACAUCAUGUUUGUGUUAAUGUUGUCACACACUUCUGCUGUUUAUGCACAUAUUUGCAGAGCACCUCCCCUCCCUCACUCCCUGCCCACCAUUUAAUUGGCUUCCAUUUCCUCUCAGCUGGUCCUGGGUGGAACAACUUUUAACAGACCGUCUCUCACUCUCAGACAGACACACACACACACAGUCUUACACAAACACACACACUCAGAUCAGCAGCUCGCCGACACUGCGUGUGUUCAUGAGCGCACCAUAAAAGUGGAGACCAGCUUCCUGUCCAGCACAUCACUUGAAGGUCCUACCAAGAAGACGUCCGCCACGAACUGUGACUACAAUGACAACACUCAAUCUCCUCUUCCUGAUCGUCCUCCAAAUAAGUCUUUCUGUUCCGCUAGAGGACAACAAGAUCCCUGCCAGUCUGUGUUCGGGUCACCCUGGAAUCCCUGGCUCUCCGGGAGGUCACGGCAGCCCCGGUCAACCGGGCAGAGAUGGACGGGAUGGAAGGGACGCUGCGCCGGGCGAGAAGGGAGAGAAGGGGGACAUGGGAGCUCCAGGUGAGGCGGGUGCACAAGGUCUAAGUGGGGACAGAGGUGACCCUGGAGAGCGAGGGCAGAAGGGCGAGGCGGGACAGUGUGCCGUCUCCCCCAAAUCCGCCUUUAGCGCCAAAGUGUCGGAAGGUCGCGACCUACCCCUCCCCGCGGGCAACACGGUGCUCUUCGACAAGAUCCUCCUCAACGAGCAGGGCGACUACAAUGGCGAGACGGGCCGCUUCACGUGCAAAGUCCCCGGCGUCUACUACUUUGCCGUGCAUGCCACCGUGUACCGUGCCAGCCUGCAGUUUGACCUAGUGAAAAACGGACAUGCCGUCGCGUCCUACUUUCAGUUCUUCGGGAAUUGGCCCAAACCAGCGUCGUUGUCGGGCGGUUCCCUGCUCCACCUGGUGCCUGCAGACCAGGUUUGGGUCCAGAUGGCUCUGGGUGAGUACAAUGGAUUGUACUCCAGCACUAAGACGGACAGCACCUUCAACGGCUUCCUGGUCUACUCGGACUGGAAAAACUCUGCAGUGUUUGCAUGAGCAGUCAAAAACUACAACCUUUACAGUCAAACAUUAAACCACUUUUUAAGCCACUUAUAACUUUGGGUAACUAUCUUACAAGUGUAAGAUAAAGUGCUUUUUUUUUUGUAUCGUAAGUAUCAUUAUCAACUAUCAUUAUCACUGGAGGAAGAGGCUGGACUUGCUGCACACAGAGGAAGAACUAGUUUAAAUAUUGUGUUGAUAUUGUUAAACUGUCAUUAGCACUCAACAUAAAUACAUUGGAACAUUUACAGUUAAUACAUGGGAUGGUAUCGACCAUCUCACUCAUGGAUGAUCGGUAUCGGAAUUGGCAGCAUGAAACCCUGAUGUACAGAUGCAAGUUUGUCAAUCAAAUUGUGAAAAUAAUAUCUACAUAUUGUGUGAAUGUGUGAUAUUAAACUUGUGAUCCAAGCAGCAUUGAAGACAGACAAAAAUAAAGGAAUAAUAAGUUGAAAUGUGGACACUAAAAACUAGAU